AUGCGCGAGCGCAACUGCUCCGUCGUGCACACGCUCAUCUCGUCGCGCGCGGCCAACGUCACGUACACUGAGAAUAAGUUGGGCAAGCAGGGCUUCAACCACAUCUCCUCGAGGCGAGGCGCUGCGGGAGGCGCCAACGUGCACAGCGCGCUGCCGCUCGAGGCGGUGCUGCGCGCGAACGGCGCGCCGGCGGUGAUGGAGUACCUGAGCCUCGACGUCGAGAAUCACGAGCGCGCAGUGCUUGAGCACUUCCCCUUCGGAUCAUACCGCUGGCACGCGCUGAGCAUCGAGACGGUGGAGCCCGCGCUCGCCGCCACGCUCGCGCGCCACGGCUACGUGCACGCACUCGACGUGUACCACCCGCUCCCCGACGGGCGCCGCAAGCUGCUCGACCAUUUCUACCUGCACGAGGCCAUCCCGGGAGGCGUCGACGCGGCGAGGAAGCGCGCCCGGGCGAGCAAACGGCUCUGGGACGGCGCGAUGGCGCGCCGGCCGCUGAGCGGGCUGAGCGAGGAGAGCGUGUAUCGCGUCAACUGCGGCGGCGUCCCCGAGGCCUUCGUCGCCAGCGGCGGCAACGAUACGGCGCUUUUCUCGCCGCGCCGCGCGUGCUCGUGCAGCAUCUGA